AUGAAGCUCAUCCUUGCCACCCUCCUAACAACCCUAACGGCAGCAAACGCCCUAACCCCCACCACCGCAAACAGCACCACCGGCCAGAAGAUCCUCAGCAAAGCCCUGACAGCAGCAGGAACGCCCUACGCCUGGGGCGGCGGAUCCUGUGAGGGUCCCUCGCACGAUCAACCGCCCUACCAGUACGGCGAUAUCGGGUAUGACUGCUCGGGACUCGUGUGUUGGGCUGUGUGUCAGGUCACAGGUCGGGAUUUGUUCUCGGAGGGUCUGCGUGUGACAUCUGAUAUGUAUUGUGCUAAGGAGAAGGAAUUGAAGUAUAAGAAAUAUCCAUAUGAGCAGCGCAGAGCAGGCGAUGCUGUUUUCUUCGGCGGGGAGUGUGAUUGUGCUGACAGGGAGAGUAUCCACCAUGUUGGGUUGAUGAUGGACUCGGGUGAUCGGAUGUGGAAUGCUCCCAAUGACCGCGUGAAUAAGGUCCAGGAGAACAGCAUCGCCAAAUUCGGAGAGAAGCCUUGUCCCUAUGUUGUACGGUUUGCUUGA